GGCUAGCUAGCUACAGCGAAGUAGGCGGGAAGCAUUUGAAUUUUAAUGUAGUUCGCAAAACGACAAAUAUUUUUCUAUUAUUCUAUUCUAUUCGAUUUUUCUAUUAUUGUCGUUAACUGAACAGCACAAUGAGUUUUACAACGUAUUGAUUGUUGCUGACUGUGUCAACAGAAACCUGAUCUUAGAAUGUGUAAUCAACAGAACAUAAUUGAGCGAACUCAAAGGCAUCGCAACAAUGACAACCCGGCGGAAAGUGCUCCUUGUCGGCGAGGGUAACUUCUCCUACUCAGCCGCCCUGUGCCAGGCUGGCGGGGACUGUGUGAGCGUGACGGCCACCUGCCUGCAGUCUGAAGAGGUUGCAAGGCAGCAGGACGGCGCGGAAGAGAAUUUACGGCUUCUCAAAGAUUGCGGAGCUGAGGUGUACUUCAAGGUGGACUGCACACGUUUGACGGAGUGCGAGGCGCUGGCCCAACGGCUGUACGACUCCAUCAUCUUUAAUUUCCCUCACUGUGGUCGCAAGAGUGGGGUGAAGAAAAAUCGCAGCCUGUUGGCGAAGUUCUUUCACAGCUGUGUGAAAAUACUGGCACAGUGCGGCGAGGUACACGUGGCGCUGUGUAAUGGGCAAGGGGGCACACCAUUGGACAAGCCCGUGAGGGAGUGGCAUAAUAGCUGGCAGGCUGUUGCCAUGGCAGCUGAGGCGGGGCUUAUCCUGAGUGACAUCUGCCCCUUUGACCGGGACAAAUACCAGAGCUACAAGUGUACAGGUUACAGGAGCCAGGACAAAGGCUUUCAUGUGGAAGGUGCGCUCACUCACACGUUUACACGCAGCCUGCCAUACACCGCACUGCAGAGAGUCAAAAUGGAGGCCCUGCUGGAACGGGAGACUGUGCUCUUUGAGAUUCCAGAAGAGUUGAGCGAAUAUGUGAACAGGGAUUUCCUGCGUCCGGAGUCGCGGCACCCGGUCCGGAUGGUUCUGGAGCAGCUGCUGAGGGGGCUGGAGUCCGACGGGCCGGUGCGAACGCUGGACACGGAGAGGCCCGAGCUCUUCCGAAACUCCCCGGAGAGGCUGCGGGCCUGCGCCCCCGAGGCGGCCCCCUCCGAGGUGUACUGGAUCCGCUCUGCGGAGACCCGCGCGCCGGGCCAGGACGACGGCGGGCCCAACGGCGGGCAGGACGGGGCCGCUCGGGGCUACGGGCUCCGGCCGUCCCUGCUGAUGCACGUCCAGGAGGUGGUGCAGCACGAGGACUUCCGCCCCGGGGUGCUGCACGCGUCCAGCGGCCUGGUGUUCCGCCGCGCCCCCGUCUCCCGGAGCGGGGUCAGCGGCGCCCCAGCCCUCCACCAGCUCCUUCUGGUGGGGGCCUUCCCCGCGGAGUCCCGGCCCCUCCUACGGCUCCGGCGCCGCCUGGAGACCCUCCUGUCCCCGCACGGCUUCUCUUUUAAGGAGGAGGAGGAGGAGGGGGGGGGAGAAGGAGCAGUGAAUCAGGUGUGGGUGCAUUUGAAGGGCCCCUCCAGGGUGGGUCGCCUGGCGGCGCUGCCCCCGGCGGGCGAGAGCCCUGAGAGCAUGCAGCUGUGCGUGGUCACGCUCGGCCUGGACCCGCUGGCCCUGCAGCUCUUCUCCGUGCCCGACUGGCGCCUGCUGUGGAGCCCCGACCCGCGCUUCCUGGAGCACUUCCUCCCCGAGUCGCCCGGGCCCUUCCGCCACUUCUCCGUGUACCCGCCGGCGUACAUGCACGACGUCAGCUUCUGGGUGGAGCCCGACAGCUUCGACGAGCUGGACUUCCACGCCCUGGUGCGGCGGGCGUCGGCGGGCGCCGUCAGGGAGGUGACGCUAGCGGACCGCUUCCGCCACCCCCACAUGGGGCACGCCAGCCUCUGCUACCGUCUGACCUACCAGUCCUCAGACCGCGCCCUCUCGCGCAGCCACGCUCUCGGCAUGCAGCUGAAGCUACGCCAGCUCCUGCCGCUGCACCUUCAGGUCACCCUGAGGUAGAGACGCCGGAGAGUGAGGCGUAGAUGAAUUUCACAUGCUCUUGCCUCGGUUCGGGGUGUCUGCGGACGGUAAAAAAAACGGAUGGAAAGGGGUAAAGCCAAACUCUGCAUCCUUGUCACGUGUGCGUUGGGGUACAGUUCGCGGGCGGCCAAAAUGGGCGGAAACGAGCUUCUUUUUCAUACAGGAGCUGAGGUAAGCCUGUCUACCUCAAGGGAACAGCUGAUGCUGCGGCGGCUCAUGCAGUUGUGAGACAGAACGUUAAGAACGUUCAACUUACACCAGAGCGGUUCUGCAGAACCGCUGUACCUCUGGGUGUCUCUGCCACAUGCCUCCGGAUUAUGGCAUAAACCCCAGUUCAGGAACUCUUCACGUUACUCAUACGAUGGCCUGAAGGGACUUGUACAAUGAUUGAAAUCAUAAUAAUAUAGGGGGGAAACAAAC